UACAAUUUCAAGAUGGCGGUUCCCCGUAGAAUGUUUUCCUGAGAAUAAUUCGCCUUUGCUUGCUUUUCUUUGUAACAUUAUCUUAUGGAUGGAAAUAUCCUAAGAUGGAUAUAUCUCAAAGCUUAACAAAAGCCUUCGAAAAUCUGUCUUCAGAAGCCAGAGAGUUUUAUCUAUCAACUGAAGUCCCUCAUAUCGACGCUCCGCCUACACCCCUCAAGUUUUAUCGCGAAUGGGUCGCGCCAAACCGACCAGUAAUAAUCAGAAAUGCCAUAAACCACUGGCCGGCUCUCAAGCUUUGGAAUUCCCAGUACCUAAAAAAGUGUAUUGGGGAAAAGACAACCACGGUUGCCGUGACGCCAAACGGUUACGCAGAUGCGAUAGUUGGGGAUAGAUUUGUGAUGCCCGAGGAAAGACUGAUGAAGUUUGGCCACUUCUUAGAUAUACUUGAAAAGAGAGUGGAGGCGAACGGUGUGUUUUAUGUACAGAAGCAGAAUUCAAACUUCACUGAUGAGUUCUCAGAGAUUAUUAGCGACGCUGAAACAGAACUCCCUUGGGCUUCAGAGGCGUUUGGAAAUACUCCAGAUGCGGUGAAUUUUUGGAUGGGGGACGAACGUGCAAUCACAUCCAUGCACAAAGACCCAUAUGAAAACCUCUAUUGUGUUAUCUCAGGUUACAAGAAAUUCAACCUUAUUCCCCCAACCGACCUCCCAUUUAUACCAUAUGGUCUCUACAAACCAUCUAAAUACAAGAGUACCAAUGAUUAUGAAUUUGAAAUAGCUGAUAUUGUAGAGAAUUCUGAAUUAGGUGAUGACGAGAGUGCACAACUUGUGCCUUGGAUAUCGGUAGAUCCCCUGGAGCCAGAUCUCACGAGAUUCCCAGACUUUGCUAAAGCAAGGCCACUUAGUUGCACUGUACAAGCAGGGGAGAUGCUCUACCUGCCCUCAUUGUGGUUUCACCAUGUUCAGCAGUCACAUGCCUGUAUAGCAGUCAAUUUUUGGAUUGUAUCUGGCCUCGAAGUGGCUCGGUAGCGGAUCUUGGUGGAGGGUUUAGGGGUUUUAAGCCCCCUCUUGGGUUACCAAGGGAGAGUGUUAUAUGCCGCUAUCCUGAGUAAGUGCAUAAGAAAGGAGGAGUUAGAGACCCAGGAGGGGCUUAAAGAGAAUCCCUUAUUCCUUCCCUAGGAUGUAAACACCUUAAUUGGGAGUGUGUUUUAUCGACAAAACUGCUAUCUAAGAUAGGAAUUUGUGAGUCAAAAAGGCAAUAAAAGAAAAUUACACAUCUCUA